UAUCAGUCCGGUGGUGUUCGCCCCCAUCGUGGUUGACCUUCUGGCCCUGAAACAUAAUCUUUUGCAAGGACUCUUCCUCUUCAUCUCUUCUCUUCCUUCCUCUCACCUGCUUACCUAUCUCAAACGGUGAUCUGUUCUACUUCUUGGAUCAAUCUCUACGUAUUCAACGAACAUAUCGCAGCAUUCCAAUAUACGGACCAAAGAACCAUCACAACCACCUGAGCAGGUCGGACGAGCCACUGUAGACUCGAAAACAAAGACGCCGCGCUGUAGGUUGGCAUCGCCCGAACCACUUGAUAGGCCCAUUUGCUCCCCGAUACAUGGUACGUUCUUUGUUAUACUUCUUCUAGAACACCACUCCCGUCCACGAAGAAGUCAACAUCCAUGGCACCAGAAACUAAAUGCGGAUCACAGACAAAAUCUGCCUCGAGUCAACAAUGCCCGGGUACUAAGCCCCUCAUUGGACCAAUUGCUUCGAAUUUGUCCAAGAUGGUGUCUGGGCGAACCUUCCCUUUCGUUCGGCCGCGUAGGAACUCCACAAAGCAGAAGAACAAGACGGGAACUCGACUGCCAUCACCUCUCAGGCUCGAGGGCAGUUUCUUCCACUCGCAGGUUCGAAAAGAUAUUACUGUGCUGGGCCCGUUUCCCAGAGCCGUGCGAGGCAGUAUUUCGAAUUCAUCGGACAAAGAGAAAAAAGGGCACAGGGACGACGAAGCGCAGGAAGUACCGCUCAAGAUGGAAGUAUCCAUAGCACAAGGCUCGUUCGAGCCGGCCCAAGAUUCUCUCGCAGAACGUCCACCACCUUUAGAACCGACCAGAACCUUCAGACCAGUUGAAACAAACCAUCAUCAACGGUCGGAAACGGCAACCUCCAUCUCCAAACGAGCCUCGCCAGAGCCAUCUAUGCCGACUCGAUCUGUUUCCCCUCAGGAAUCACUACGCACAAUGAUCGAUCUCGAUACGCCUGGCUCCUCUGAUGAUGAAGAGUCCGAUAUUUCACCGUUGUCUGAUGACAGGCCAUCUGCGGCAGCACGAUCUGGCGCCGCCCUCCGGCGUUUCUUCCCCGAACUAUCCUCAAGCAAUUUCGCAGUCAUGUCCCCGAUGAGCGCUGAUGCUGAUGCCGAUCAGCAGCACACGAGGCCGAUGGAGUUCCCGUCCAUCUUCGAGACCGAACUCCACGAGCGGGUCCACGCCCUCUACAAGAACUCGACAGAUGAUAUCGAAAGCCAAUCCACCGACGUGGAUCAAGCUUUGGAGAGGAAUACUGGAUCGUCCUCGAGAUCGGGCUCGGAAGAUGUGUUUGACUGUGCCUCGUCGUGUUAUAGUCGUCGGAGUUCGAUCACCAGCGUUGACACUGAAUCCUUCAGCCCAGCCACAAACGAACUUGAUCGAUACUCAAUCUUCUCCCCCGUUGCAGCCGGUGUCUUCAAUGAUUUAGCUUCUAUGUGUCCAUCGCGAGCUGCGUCUUUUGCAUCGCGAGUACCAUUAGACACUGCACCCAGCCCAGGCUACCCAGCAAGCUCGCUCUAUUCAUCGACCUCGUUGCCGCCAUCUCGACGCGCCUCGAUUUCCUCCAAACUGUCAUUGAACGACAUCAAGAACAAGCCUCUCCCUCUCGAGCCCGUUCAAGAGCCUAGCCCGUUGGCGAUUCGCCAUAAUGACCACACCCCGUCAUCUGCGACCACUAAAGCCUCGAGAUCAACGGGAUUUCAUUCGACCUAUCUUCACCCCAACUCAAGUCACUCAGCCACAAGUCUACAAUGGAAGCAAUCCGGGGGCCAGGUAUGUCAUAACUGUGAAGGGUGCGGGCGGAGUAGCAUUGGAGACUCGAGUCAAUCUCGCCGGGGCCGUCGCCCUGAGUGGUCAGAAACCAGGAAUGGGCAGCGCAUGCGCCAUGUCCCAACGCUCGCACAAGCUGCAGAGGAGUUGGAAUUCGCCCUAGCCGACCUUGCCAGAGAUCCACAUAUGCAGCAACGGACCCUGCUAGUGCUCGACGGACCGCUGCAGAUCAGUCGACACAAUGGUGAUCUAGUUGCAACUCGGCCAGCACCACUGCCUCCCUCGACCAAGCCACACUCCAAAUCAUUUAAGAAGAGUCGAAGCAUCCACACAAAGGCCAAAGCAGUUGAAGAUUCCACUGUGCCCCGGUCGGCCACGUUCAAGUCUCUCCGCGCGACCAAGGAGAGGGCGUCUCCUCCCCUCCCGGACAAGGAAUCCAAGAACAAAGACGAGGCCGCGCCCAAAGAUAACAAACCCCUCAAAACCAAGGACGAGGCCGAGUGGCCGUCCAACAGUUCUACCUCCAACUUGAACACCGACGAUAUUUCCAAGACGCCCAAGAUGAAGAAAUCCUUCACCCUGACGAUACCAUCAUUCAAGCGCACGCACACCCGUCGGGUCCGGACUCUGCAAGAACCCCGUCUGAGCGUCGUCCUCAGUUCACGGUCGGAGACUUUACUGGUCGACCCACACGCCCCGGAGGCCCGCCCCGAACGGCCCCCACGACUUUCUUCACACUCGGGUCCCAGUCUGGAUUGGGACGCGGACGAGAAGGUGGACUCGGAUCUGGAUGCAGGCACGGCCUCCAAGCGCGACGAUCUGCUUCUGCAACUCCCACGCCUGCAGACUCAAGAUCUCGGCUUACCAAUCCCCUCCGAACCGCUUAGCACCGAGAAAGAGCUCCUCGCCCAAAUACAAACAAAGCAGACACAACCACCACCGGAGCCAAAGCAAAUGCAGGGGACGGCCCCCUCGCCAUGCGCCCCCGGCCCCACCCCCCAAGUGCAACAUCAACAUCCCCACCCCGCGCAGACGGCCUCGCUGAGUGGCAAUGCCAAACUGUCGACUCUUCCGCUGCGCGUCACACCACCGGAAGAUGAGAAAAUGCUCGUUGCCAGUGAGCUUGUCGCCAGCGAAAGGCUGCGACAUAUGCAUGCCUUUGUUUCGACGGCCCAGGCGAGCAGCGUGCAGCUACCACCCGAGCAGAUCUACGAGCUCGCUGCAACGCCGCCCUCGCCAUCAUCCUCGAUGCCCGCCAUGUUCAUGGAGAGUUCGCAUAUGCCCGUCGACUUCCCAAUCGAAAUGCCGGACCAUCUGGUCAUGUUGAUCAUGGGCCAGAUCGACUCGCUGGAUGACCUGUUCAAUCUCGUCCUCGUCAAGAAGCAGUUCUAUCAAAUCUUCAAGCAUCGCGAGCUUUUCUUUAUCAAGGGCGCACUGUUCCGUAUGUCGCCGCCCGCAUGGGAGUUACGCGAGAUGAGUCCGCCAUGGAAGAAUGAGUGGCAGCUUCUACUGGAGCCGGAUACUCCCUUGCCAGAGUAUACCCCGAAAUCGUACUUGGAUCGGUAUGCGUGUGAUAUCUAUACGCUGGCGCAGCUCAAAUCUAUGAUCUUAGUUCGCUGCUCGCCGUUUUUGCGCAGAGAUACGGUCCAAGGGCUCUCUGGUGUGGACCUUGUUCGCGCGGAGGAAGUUGACCAUGCCUUUUGGCGAAUUUGGACGUUCUGUCGCAUCUUCGGUAGUGGCAAGGGUCGCGAAAAUGAUUUGGAGGGUCAGAUGGAUUGGUUGAAGGGUGGACCAAAGGCUCGAAGCUCAUUCGGAGCGUCUUCCACGGUGACUGAGCCUUUUGGCAUGAACAAUGUGCUGUUUGAGCCACCCGAGGGUUUCGCUCAUGGAAACGGCGCCGCUGGACUCUCUGCCAAGCAGCUGUACGAUAUGACGGAGAUCUGGACCUGUCUGGGAGUGCUGUUGCAGCCGUUGCACGGCAAGUGUGUCGAGGCUAGAAACGCGGGCAUAUUCCAGGGACUGGAUAUCCCGGAAGGUGAUAACGUUCGAGAAGAGACUGCACUGGAGGAGUGGACGUCUUACGUGCUUACUCUUGGGCUCUCCGCCGUGUUGACCAUCAGCUCGCUGUGCCCCGCCGAAGCCACUACCGCCACCUUCACCAAGGCCCGAUCCAGCGGCCUGACCAAAUGGGAGCCCAUGGAAACCGAAACCAGCCGUUCAUAUUUCCUAAAGGAAGCCGUUUCCCGCGUCUACGAAGAGCAAGAACGUUCACUCGCAUCCUCCAGUCCCGACGAGAUCGCCUACCCUCAACCUCAAUCCCUCCAGCGCCGCAAACAAUUCCAAGAAGAGCUGCGCACACGUCGCUUACGCGGCCCCCCAAGCCGCGAGGGUGCACCAGGUACAUCCUUCGCUGAUGAGCGACCAAUGUCAGAGUUCAGCACGAUCGUGCACAAUCUCGACGGCACAAUCCCCCGCGACGCACCGCCCAUCCCACCCGUCCCACCCCUAUCAUUCGACCGACUCUCCUCCACCGCCAGCAUCGGCCUCCGAACCCCCAGCCGCACCCCACCACGCUCUUUGACCCCCGAAUCAAACCUCCCCAUCUCCCGCAGCCCACCCCUGCAGCCAGCUCUCGCGCCCCCACCCCUCCGCCCACAGGUCCAAGACCCCGUUGAUCGGGCCAUUGCUCACAUGGUCAAUGAGCUGGGCUUUAACCCGGAUGAUGUCAAGUGGGCGUUGAAGAUCACUGAUACCGGGGAGGGCAUUGACGUUGAUGCUGCAGAACAAUUGCUUAAACAGCAGAAGCGCAAGAAUGAGCUGAAUCCUUUCGCACCGCGGGGUAAGGAUAGUUUGCUCAAGUCUGUGAUGAAACGUCAGGGCUCGCAAGAUUCGGGUUGGCGCUUCGUUUGAGCGGGAUACCGUCCUGGCAUUCUUGGGUCUUAUCCCUCUUCGUCAUGUUAUUUUGAAUAUUUGCUUUUGAUAUCUGCGUUGAGCGACCUUAAACUGUUUCAAUAGCGAAUAUUUCCUUUGUUUUCUUUCUCUUUCUUUUUCUUCGGCUGGUGUUGAUUGAAAUCUUGGUAUAUACGCAUACUUUGUCUUUUUGUUUGGUCUUUUUGUGUUAUGCCUUUUGUACUGUCUCCAAGACUGUGGCUUACACCCUCUCUGUGUUAUAUACCCCCUAUUAUGUUCUCACUUGUACAAUCAAGAACCAUAUCUGUUACCCAUACAAUCAAUCAAUCAGUCACUACUUAUCAUUCUA